AUGCAAAAUCAUCAAGUUUUAAAACAUAUAUCAUUUAAAAAUGAUACUAGUCCAAUAAUAUUUUCAAUUGAUCAAUUAGAAUGUAUCUGUGAAGCAUUAUAUCAAGAAAGAAAUGGUGAAAAAUUGGUAUCAUUAUUUGAAUCAGAUUAUUUUGUAAUAAAUUGUUAUACACAAUCAUCAUCUGUUCAAAGAGGAUACCUUUAUGCAUUAUUUCAUUCUCAAAAAUUUGAUGAACUUUUUAGAAUUAUUUCACAAUCAACAUUUGAGGAAAAAUAUUUUGAGGAACUUCAAGAUUUAUGGUAUAAGGCAAGAUAUGCAGAAAAUGAAUUAAGAAAACAAAAAGAAUUAGGACCUGUGGAGAAGUAUCGUUUACGUAAAAAACAUCCACCCCCAAGAAGUAUAUGGGAUGGGCAGGAGACUAUAUAUAGUUUUAAAGAAAAUUCAAGAAAAGUAUUAAGACAAUUUUAUAAAAAAAAUAAAUAUCCAACAACAGAGGAAAAAAAAGAUAUUUCUAGGAUAACUGGAUUAAAAUUAAUGCAAAUAAGUAAUUGGUUUAAAAAUAGAAGACAAAGAGAUAAAUCAACAAGUGAAGGUAAUAGUGUUUAUGAUUAUUCAUCAUUUAAUGGACUUGGAAGUUUAACUUCAAUGGAUUCAAUGAUGAUGAAUAAUGUGGGAUAUGAUACUAUGGUUAUGUGA